GUUUAUAUUCGUCAGUUUAAGCUUAUCAGAGACCAGGAUACAAUCACCACAGUUAUGAUGAGGCUUCAAGGAGACUAGUUUUCACUCCGUGCUUGUAAUGGAUGCUGACUUCAUUGAAAAUUAAACAACGGGUGACUUGUGACUUUUCAAAAUUCUGCCACUACACUUCAACUGAGAUGUCGGGUAACGAUAAUAUAGAUGAGGCGCAUGCUCUGUCUGAAUCAGAAGCUCAGGAUGUCCAGCACCUAAGGGAAAUCGCUGGUGGAAUAGGUUACUUGGAUGCACUAAAGCUUUUGGAGGAAAGCUCUUGGAACUUAGAGCGUGCUGUGCAUAAAUUAAUGGGAUUUGAAGACUCUGGUUUAAGACAGCGAGGUGCUGCUUCACGUAUUUCGUCCGUACCACAGGUUGAGUUAAUUCCUCCCAAUCAACGGAUACUGAGGUCAAGAAAUAGCACUCAUAGUUGGUGGUGGUCUACUGCUUUGUUUUUAUUUGAACCUAUUCGAUUGGGUUGUAGCUUGCUCUUUGGAAUCGUGAAGUUUUUCAGUGAGUCAGACUUACUUGAAUUAUCUGGUGUUGAACUAUUCAUAAUUGGUGUGAAUUCGGUAUGACUUUUUAGUCUUAUGUUUGUGCACUUUAUAUCUCCAUUGUCUAUAUAUUUCUAGCUUACGUUGUCAAGAAAAACAGGCAUAAUAAUAGUGGGACUAAUCUCUUUUAAUUACAGCAAAGAAUUUUUAACGCAAAAUUUUUAAUAUUAUUAACGUUGUCUUAUAUCCAUCCUUAAGUUUUCUGAAAAAAGCGUGUUAAGUUUCAAUUAGUGGUUACUUGUAUUCAUCCUUAAACGAAUACGAUUACGAAAUCCUUUAUUACAUAGUAUAUUAUGUUCGAAGUCUGUAGUAAUGUCUUCCCCUUUAGUGGAUAUGCAAAGGAAAAUAUAUACCAAUCAUUAUAGUCGUUCAUCCUGAAUUUCUCAGAAAUCGGGCUCAAGAUAUGUUUUCAGCAUUUUCUGAUGCGCUUAGUUACGCUCGGUUAUCGUAUAUAAUUGACCAAUCAGAACAAAUAUGAAGCAUGAGAGCUUAUAAUCGCAAACAAAGCAUAUCGGAAAAAGUCUUAUUGCAUUACGUUUACGCAGCUUAGACUUUAGCCUACGUGGUAAUGUGAUUUUGAGUACCCUCUCGCGUUUGAGGUAUAUUUAUACCCUGUGAACUGUUACAGUUUACUUAAUUUGGACCGAUCCAAAAAUACUCUACUUCCGUGCAAGGAGCAGUAAUGUUCCACUGUUUACUACUGCUUAGAUAAAUAAGGUGCCUUGAUUUUUUCCGAAUAUCUCGAAGUCGAUUUCACAGUCUUCUGCAUGAUCUUCCGAAAUAACUGCUAACAGUGACAGAUCUCAUACGUUAUAACAGUCGUUUGCCACUCAGAAUGACAGUAGCAGAUGUGAGUUUUAAUGAUUACAACUGUUUAUUCAUUCUAAGACGUGACACGUAGGGAACACAUAUAACGUAACUUUGUUGAGAGGACUAGAACAAGAAUCAAGAGUGAGUGUUAAGAGUGGCACUUGGUUGUCGUCCAAGUGUUCUAAUCGAGGACUUAGGUGACAAUGGGUUUCAAUAGUUUGUGAUUUAUCGAUUCGGUGAACUUCAGUUCCAUAAUAUUCUCCUAAUUAAUGAAUGGUGUAUCGAAAUCUUCGAGGUGACUGCGCUUUUUUGUGACCAGAAUCUCUGGUUUUAAGGGAGGAUUAGCGUGGUUUGUAUACUUCGGUUACCUUACUAUCCUAUUCUUUUCAUUUUAAUUGGUAGCAUAGUCUUUCAUGUGUCAGCAUUUCCUCAACUGAUGGACUUAGGGUUCACAUGUGAAGGACGCUAAUGCCUCCACUUGCGAAUAUCAAUUCUUCGGAGUUGAAAAAAUCAGUAGGUGUACGUUCUUAUCAAUUUUGUCAAACACGAUCUACUUUUCUAUCAUUGAGCUAGUUACUGGCUCUUAUGGAUCACCUACAUUACUGAACUUAACUCAGUUAUUUGGCAUGCUGCCAGUGUUAUUGUAGCAAACUUUGGUUUUGACUGUUACUUUCUUUGCCCCAGUGUAUUAUGAACCAUUUAUCUUAAAGCUUUUGAUUCACAAAGGAUUUUAUUACUAUCAUUUAUCAAGAAAUUAGGUCAUUUUACCCCUUUCUCCAAUGUCCUUUUGAUUUUAUUUCAACUGUCAUGUAGUCUCUGAAGCAGAAACCUGGAUAUGUUUACUAUUCUUGACGUUUAUAUCGACUUGUAACCAGAUUUUCUCCAUAAAAGAGGUUACGAUCACCAAAAUUACGUCGGGAAUCAUUCUACCAACCUUGACACUGGCAACCAGCUCUGGAGAUAAUUUGUCCGCCAAAAUCGGAGUAGAUACAGGGAAAUUAGAGCCUAUGAUCUGUUGACCCUAGUCGCUUGGUUACUUCAGAUUAUCAUCCAGCCUGGAAUUUGGAUAUUUAUUUUUAAGUUUUGGCUUAGUGACAUGAAUUGUCUUUAAUCAUCCAUGUUGUUCUGACUCAAGAUAAAGCUAUUACUGAUAGAAAUCACAAAUGUUCUUACAUGUUAUCUGGCUGACAGAGUUCAUUAAGCUCUCUGAAAGAUAUUCUCGCUACCGGUCAAGCGUAAACUCGAAAAUCCACUCUCUCGGUUGUCUUUAUCACUUUCGACACGGUGGGUGGAUGUUGUAUAUAUAAGGUUUUUCACAAGUUAUAAUGUUUUUAUGAAUAUUAUUAUGUUAGAAAUACCUUUUUCUACUCAUUUAUGCAACCUUUUGAUUGCAUGGUUUUAAUUUGAAAUUCAAAUAUAUAAAAAGUUUUAUCGUAAUUAUUUCCCUUAUCAAGCUUCAUUCCUUUGGUCUGAUCCUCGAAAUCGUAAGUUUAUAAAUGCUCCUUAACGUCAAUUUUUCAAAACAUGUAAUCCUUUAUUUUCAUAACAAUUUGUCGCAGUUAUAUUUCACAGCUACCUGGUUAGUUCAACGUAAAAAAUAUUUGAUCCUCACAAACAGUUAGCAAAUGUAUGCAUAGAUCAACGAAUUCAUACAUCAAUACCUAAUCAGUGUAUCAUGGAUUUUUGUCCAAAAGUUGUCAUUGGUAAAUUUUAUCUGCACCCACUAAACAAUGACAUUAGUUCUUUAUUUUGAUUUGCUGACUAGUAGUUUGGUACAAUAUACACUUCCUUUCGAAGCCUCAGUUCCUUACGUGCUUAGAAAUAACUGGUAUAGUAAAUGGAAUUUGUAUUCAUCUUUUUCUUAAGGACAGUAAUCAGUGUUAAUUACAUACCAUUUGAACAACAUGCUCGUCUAUGAAUCUACCUUUAGUAGUAUUACUCGGCUGUCCAGAGCGAAAUAGAUGAAAAGUUGUUGUAGUCAGUUACUCAUUGAAUAAAAGUUAAAUACUUAACCUGUUGAAUCACAGGAUCGGAGUGUAUCUCCGUCAAAAUAUGUUUGUGUCUGCAUGUAAAUUUUUCACCAUACUCACUAAUCCGCUUUGUACUUGCAGCGUAAUUUUUAACAACAAAUCAUAGAUUCGGAUUUCAGAAUCAUUUUCAGAUUCAAUUACUUUAAGAUAAUACAUUCCCUAAUCGUUUAAAUUUCUGGUUCUGAAAUAAAGAACCAUACAUUAGGAUUGUGUAAGUUAAUUCCACGUAAGCCCGUUAUUUACGUAUCAUGGAUGUCAGUAUUAAUCGUACAAAUACCGGAUACAAAUUGUCCAUAAUCGUAUUAGGUUAGACAAAUAACGUAGUUUAUUACCCUAUAUUCCGUAUUCUCAGGUAGGAAAGGUGUUUUUAGAAUUUCUGAGGCAAGUUCCAAAUCAUCACUGUCAAAUGUGUUAGACGUUAUCUUGAUGCGUGAUCAUUCUGUCACCGCCUAUUUUGGUUUGGGCAAUCAUAUGGUAUAAUCAACCCUCACACUAACGGUGUGGCUCAAAGAUGAAUGCACAAAUCUUAUACUUGAUAAGUUAGGCUUCUCAAUUCACCAAGCUAACUUUAUUUCAAAAAUAUCAAUUCGUCUUAUCCUACUGUGUAAAUGCAUGUAGUUACACGGAAGAUCAUAAUUAAGACAACAUAAUUUGGAUACCUCAUGUCAAAACGCCUUUUAGAUAAUGCAUAAUUACUUCCACCAAGCGAUCUCGUCACAGUUGCUUCUAGAAUGAUCAUACCAGUAUUCAUGUUCUUUACAUGUUCAGAAACCUAAGGCAUUAUCGUAGUUUUCACUGUAGGCAAUAACAAGGGAUGGUGAAAAACAUCGUACACUCAUAUCUUAAUCCUUUAGGUUAGACUCAAAAAAGGCAUCAUAAAUUAUUCGACUUGUGGUGUAGGUAUCCAUUUAGCUAUACCAUAUCGGCAAAAUAAACUAAUGGGGUAAAAAUAAUAUAUAUCGAUCAUAUAAUCUCACUAAACCACACCCGAAAUCUUAUUUUGCAAGUACUUUCUCGUUUAGUGAAAUGUAUACGAAGCCUUCCUGCAAUAUCUAGGGUUUCAGGAAGAUUAGUCAUUGGGUUACAGAACAGUGAUUUUAUGAAUGGAACUUCAACUUCUGGUUGUCCGGUUAAUUUUGCAAGUGUUCUUAAAGUAUCUACACUAAUCGUAGCCGUGUUUAAAUAUUAUCAAGUUUCCCUCGGUUUUUCUGAGUUUAAAAUAGCUGAUUUACUAGGCAUGAAUUUAUGUACCCGUCUUUGAGCCACAUUUUUGUCUAUAUCAGAACUGAUUUUAUUAAGUUUUCAAACGAAAGUUGACGGAGCGAGGUUAGUAUUAUCGUUAUUUGAACACAAACACUGGUACUGAGGUACACCAAAAUAUAUAUGCCCCACACAAUAAAAAUGAUAUUGUGAAGUGAUCAAGAAAUGAAGGUAAGUAUAAUAAUAAAAGAACGAAAAAUGAAUUAGUGUAUGAAAGUGAAAAAUAUAAUACUAGGAGGAGCAGUUCAGUUAAGAAAAAAACAGUUGGAAAGGGUUCUUCCAGUUAAAGAAGUCCUCAAUGAUAUGAAGAAAGUUACACCAAGACCUCCACUGGCUUCCGUUCUGAGCCGUGUCUGAUAAUGUCUAAAGCCACUGUGUUGCGCCAUCUCUAGGACCCCAACUAGAGUUGUGAAUGACCGAAAAACUAGUCCUGUACAGCUUCCUUUCACACCACGACACCAUUUCGUGCAUUGGCCAUCUUUUCCAUCCAGGCCAGGCGUCGGGAAAUAAUGCACGAUCUGGGGUUUGCUGGGAAAACAUUAGAGUGUGCCCUCCUAAGAAAACCACCUGCUCCGGUUUUGGAACCCGGGUAGUAUCACACAAAUCAAGUAACUUGUGUGGCGCAUAUGUAUUCGGUGCCCCUUUGUACCAAUAUUUAUGUGUUCAAAUAACAAAUAAUAUAAUAAAAGUUUCAUAGGUGGUGUAAACCCUUUUAAAGAUAGGGAUGACUGUUGAUUCAUUCCAUGAUAUUGGGAUACUCUAACUGCCAAACGUUUGCGAAUAAUCCAUUUAGUUCUAUAACCCAUAGGUCGCCCCUAUCCUUAAAAGGGACCGGAGGUAAUUCACCUGGGUCUCGUGAUUUGUGGCGCGUCAUGAGAUUGAGUUCUUUGCAAACUUCCUACCUGUUAAGUGGGUGAAUUGUCACUAAUCAUGAAGGAAGUGACAAUCUAGGUGUCAUUACCAAGGUUUGAUUUGAUAAUUUCGAAUAAAUUGAGCAUUGGGUUGAUUGUUAUAAAUAAAAAUAAUAUAUUUGUAAUAUCCCAAUGAGUAGAAAAUUGGAUUUUCUGACGUUUCGUGACUUAGUGUAAGUCACUUCUUCAGAGAAUAAAUAACCAAAUUAAAAUUAAUCCAAGUUUAAAUAGUACAACGGAAAAAGAAGAAGUGACUUACACUAAGUCACGAAACGUCAGAAAAUCCAAUUUUCUACUCAUUGGGAUAUUACAAAUAUAUUAUUUUUAUUUAGAAGUGACAAUCUGAUCGAUGUCGCCGGGGCAGCAGACCAGUUAAACUGUUCCUCGAAGAACUCUGUCCAUCGUCCCAGACGUUGGUGGGUGCUAUUGAUUGGCGUCCUGUCUGCUUUAUAGACUGUUUCACUCAUACUAGACUUCUUGCUACCAGUGGCUCGGAUAAAUUGAAAGGGCUUCCGACAGUUGCCAGAUACAGCUUCUACUUCCAACUCAUUAGCACACUCCAACAAACUCAGUCUGUACAUGCAAUUUCAUUACCUGAAGAUCUACAUUUGUUGUCUAACUCACGGUUUGCAGGAGUAGACCGAAGUGCUUGAAUAAGUUGUAAGAAGCCUGUGGAAGCUCAUUGCUUAUAAACGGAACGCUUCGUGAAGCCACAAGCGACUUUGCUCUCUAUUUUCAAGGUGUCAUGUAAACCCAGCCAGUGAUCUAUACAUUUUAGUUAGUUGAUAGCUAGCCUUGAACCUAGAUCAGUUUGAUAUUUAGUCGCAACAGAAGCUAAAGCCAAUGUGCUUACAUCGAUCCGUUCAUGAUGAUGAAUUUGUUGUAAGAUAAGAUCGGAGUCCAAAUAAGUACUUCAGAAGGAGCGACAGUCUUGUUCCGUGGUAGCUGAUCGUGAUGUGAUCAAUCUGAGUUCAGGCUUGAGUUGGAGAUAAAGGGCACAUCGGCCAUGACUGUGCCAAUAGUUAGUACUAGCCAACACCAGGUUGUAGUGUGAGCAAAGGUGCAGUAGAUGGCCACUGUUAUCUAACUUGCAAACAACAAGUCUUCAUUGAGCAUCCGAACAAUUCUCCUCUGUGUCUAGACGCACGACCUGCUCGUUUAAAUCUGCGGCUAGUACUACAAUAUCUGUCAAACACUUUCUGAAGAUCACUAAACUGGUGGUUGGACUCAUCAUUGAUUGCACCCAAGCUGCAAUCUGUCGGAGCGUUGACGGGAAUAACGAAAAGACAUCACACAGACUUCUUACUUUGAUGGCACUUUAAUCUAAUGGCACAUAAUCGUCUUCUGAUGUAGAUCCAAUCGAUUAGUGCUUCCUCACCUCUGUUGCUUAGUGCGACCAUCAACCUCAGCAAAACCAGACGAAGAUGCCACAGGGUCCCCGAGUAAACUCACAAAACAAGCUUUUCAUAGCAAUAAAUGGAGAGCAAAAAUGUUAUGGGUGUAUCAUUCGUACCUACUAACCUGGUUUAAGCGCUGAACAUUCGCUUUUCGUCCUUGUCACUUCACGAACAACACCCUCACCACGGAUAGGCAGUGUAUGGGACUUUUCUGGUAGUGUUUAUAUACAUGUGGCUAUGUGUUAUAUCCGGACAAAGAAUAAAUGAAUAGUCACCGCCAUAAGUUAUUAGGGACUAUUAUUAUGUUGGAUGGCGAAUGCUGGUGGGGGGCCUAUGCUUCUCCACUAGGGGUAUUAGGCGUAAGUAAAUAAUUAUAUAUAUUCUUAUCGGAUAGUUGUUGACCAACCAUAUACAUACCUUUUAUCAUUGGCUUUUAUUUGACCUAUUGGAUUUUAUUCUAACCUUCUACCCUCUAUGUUAGCUUGCAAAUGUGUCAAGUACGUAUGAGUUAUUCACGCAGUUUCUUCUCACCCAUUCAGUCAAAUGUUAAUUAAAAUCAUGUGAUUAUAAUUUCGCUUACAGACAGGCCAACUGAAUUAGUAGGUUCUGUUACUGGUAAAGUGUUUAACAUUUGAUUAAUUUAGAUGCUGUUCAAUUUUUUUCCCACAUUACCUUUAACAUCCGUAUUGCUGAUUAUUUAUAGAGGUCACAGAUCCUGUCGGUGAUGUAAGAAAUUUUAUCCAGCACUUCAAAGAAACCUACGGAUCUGUGAAUACUAGUUUUGACGUUGAUGGUAAUUCAAAUCCAACUGAAAGUUCUACUUCUGAUUCAUUUCCACCUUUCUUCGAGGGAACUUAUGCUGAUGCUGUUCAAGAAGCUAAACAAAGUUUACGAUUUCUGAUUGUUUAUUUACAUGGAGAUUCACAUGAAGAUACUCAUCGGUUUUGCAAAGAUAUUCUUCAGUCGGAAGAUGUUUUACGGUUUCUUAGAAAUUCCAAUGAAUUACUAUUUUGGGGUUGUAAUAUUGAGUCUCCUGAAGGUUAUCGUGUAUCACGAACUCUUCGAGAGCAUACCUAUCCGUUCAUUGGAGUUAUUGGCUUGACUAAUAUACCAAUUUCGGAAAGUGGGGUCUAUUCCGGAAGUAGUACACGAAUGGCGUUACUAGGGCGUAUAGAAGGUGUACUAGAACCAUCAGAACUUGUUGAUCAGUUGAAUAGUAUACUGAAUGAACAUCAAACAGCUAUAAUAACAGCUCGAUUAGACCGGUAUUGGUACCACGAUGCACCAAAUACAUAUGAGCCACAAAAAUCUCAUUUGGUUUGUGCGAUGGCUGUGAUACUGCCCGGAUGUUCAAAACCUAAGCAGGUUGUUUUUUUUAGGGGGCCAAACCUGGAGCCUUCGACCUACAGUUCUGAUCCACAAGACAAUCGAGCAACGUCGGGAGAUGCAGUCCCAUGGUAGCUAGUGACCAGCGAUUGGUUCAUACGCCAUUUGUUCCCCCAGAUCACUGGAUCCCAUGUGCAUUGUUGCUUCAGGACUGGUCUGCGUCAACACCUGAACUAAGGAUAGGCAGUGAAGUAGUCGAACGCGUUGACAACUUCACUUAUCUUGGAAGUCUGAUCAGCCCUAAUGAGUUGGUAUCUGACGAGAUCUCAGCAUGGAUUCGAAAAGCUCGUUUGGCUUUUGCCAACUUGCCUCACCUAUGGCGAAGGCGAGAUAUCCGUCUAUCAAUAAAAAGACGAGUAUCCUGCGCGGCAGUCCGUUCUGUUUUAAUUUACGGCAGCGAAACAUGGCCUUUAAGAGUAGAAGACACUCGUAAGCUAUUAGUAUUUGACCACAGAUGCCUUAGAAAUAUUGCUGGCGUCUGCUGGGAUCACCGGGUAAGUAAUAGUGAGGUUAGACGCAGGGUAUUAGGGAAUGACGGUAAAUCAGUUGGUGAGGUUGUUAUUCUUCAUCGACCGAGAUGGUUGGGUUAUAUGUUACGUAUGCCUGAACACCGAUUACCACGACGUGCAAUACUAACCGGUGUUGGGGAUGUUUGGAAGAAAGUUAAGGGCUGCCAAACCAAAACGUGGCAUCAGUGCUUGAAGUCACUAACUUCUAGUCUGAGCCAUGUUGGUAGAUGCAGACAACUUGGUUGCUGUCCACGUGACUAUCGUAACCAAUGGUUGGAGACUGUGUGACAUGACUCAGAAUCGAUCACAAUGGCGUAGGUGUAUACACUCUUUGUCUUCCUUUAAACUAUGAGAUUAAAAUCGCUUCAUAUCUUUCUUUCUACGUACUAAAUCUUUCUUCCUGUACUAUGUCCCUAUAUGGAAUCUUUCUUUUAUAUAUUACCACCUCUGAAUUAACUACUUUUAUGAAUCUGGUGUUCAUCUUGUUGUGUUAAUGAGUUAUGGCAACUUGGACCGAUGCACAUAUGUGCCUGGUCCUACGUUGUAGCCGACUGAAUGACUGAAAACACUCAACUUUCAAGUAAUAGAUCACAGAUUCAAACACUAAUUCAGUAUGUACGACUAAGUAGUGCCACCAUUCAUCACACAACACUGUAUUAUUCAUAAUCGACUACGUAUGUCUGCAUACGGUUAAUGAGUUACUUCUGUGAAUAUAGGUCAAAGAACUCAAAAUAUCUUUUUUUUCAUGAAAUUAUAUUUCACCAGUGUUCAAGUUUGACCCACCUCGUGCAAAAAUUAAUUGAAUCAUAAACAAAGUGAUUUAAAGUUGAUUUUGGUUAUGGAUAUAUAUCAAGUGGAGUUAUUGUAAACCAGAGCGCACUAUAAAGUUUUUUCGUUCUGUUAGCCGUAGUGUCAUGGAUGCAUUCAUUAUGAAGAAGUCAUAAACUGAAAUUCUGGCUUAUUAUGUAAACGAUAGUGACCAGUCACUACUUCUCACCAGUGGAGUUCAACCAGGUCUGUUGUGAGAUAGUAACUCACUGAAGACAAUGGUGAAUGUGUCGCUCAAUUUCGUGGAUUAGUUGAAGUUAGACAUUAACACCGUUGGAUGCCGGUUCAGUGGUCUAGUUGUUAAGUGCUCGCGCGCGAAACCAGUAGUUCCUGGGCUCGAAUCUCGCAGGAGGCGAGGUCGUGGAUGCGCACUGCUGAGGAGUCGCACAAUAGGACGAAACGGCUGUCCAGUGCUUCCAGGUUUUCCAUGGUGGUCUAGCUUCAACUGACUCAUGAUCUUAACCAUUGAAAUUACUAUAAUUUAUUAUUGUACUAUUUACGGUUCUUAAGCUAUGUUCAGUUUAUUAACUACUGCCUCCCACGUUCAUAGCCACUUUUUGGCUUUAUUGUGUACAAAUGUUAUUUCCUAUUUUAUGGUGCGUUGUGGUCUGUUUGAUUGAUAUAUAAACACAGUAUGUCUGAAAUAAAUGAUUCAUUUCGAUUCAUAUAGUGGAAGCUGGUAUUGGUGUUCUGGACUCAAGUGGACGGGCUAGGCGGACAUAGGACCAAUAAGGACGGUAGGCUGCUCAUACCGGUCGAACAUCAUUGGUUUGGCACAGUACUAAGAUUAUAUAAGUCGUAUUUUGAUUGGUGGAUAAAUCACGUAAUAAAAAGCCGGACAUAAAUUCACAACAUUAGUACUCUAAGAGCGUGACCACAGUAGCCAAGGGACAACUGCUUGAGGCCGGUCACACACGACCUUUUUGUAAGUAAUUUUUGUGUUCGCUCUGUAAUUGUUGAGACCUUACCGUGUGAGACGAAUAUCCGUAGGAUAAGGCGAAGUGUGCAUCUUUAGGGUCGAUCUAUUCUAGCCCCCAUCCUUCCUUGUGGGAAGGCAGCAUCGCUGUUAUGCUGGUUGUCUGGGGAAACACCUUGCUGCCGUCACACCUCUGUACAGUCAGCAGUACGACUUCGCCUUCAGACCUUGGGGAUACAGCUUCUAGUCUUACCGUUCUUCAACUGACCUGUCUGGCAUGGUAGGGCCCUGGGGAAUGAUUGUUCCAGCCAGUAUAGCUCGACUGUUUCGUCACGAUAGGCAAGCCCGACCACCACGUUAAGGUAGCAACAGCGGUCGGGGAGUUAGGUGAGAUUCAGGGUAUUGGGGAAUGAUGGUAAAUCAGUUGAUGAGGCUGUGAAUCUUUAACGGCUGAGUUGGCUGGGCUACGCACUACGCAUGCUCAACUACGGAGCGUAAUGCUGAUUAGCGUUAGAGACCAAUGGAAGAAUGUUAGGGGCGACCAAACCAAAACGUGGCAUCGGUCCAUAAAGUUACUAACUUCUGGUCUAAGCCGUGUUGUUAGAUGGAGAUGUUGGGGAUGCUAGAUCCCCAGAACUCACUUGGUAAAUGUCUUAUUUUUGAAAUCUGAAUUUCUUGUUUUCGCGUCAAAAACGCCCAUUUUUCCCCUUCGUAUCGUAUUUCCCGCUGAGAGAACCUUAAAUAUUAUUGGUUCGUUAUCUCUUUUAAUAUGCUAUUUGUUGUGGAUGCAGAAUAAUGUGCCAAUCAUUAUCAUGUUAAGUCUAGUGAUGUCCUUGGACGUUAAAUGGACAUUUUCUAUUGGCCAUUAUUUAUUUCAUCCGUUAGAUAUUGUACAAAUGUUGUUUUCUAUUUUUAUGGUACGAUGUGGUAUGUUUGGUUAGUAUAUAAAUAGAGUAUGUCUGAAAUACAGUGAUUCAUAUCUCCGAGGCUGUGACUUGUGUUCUGGACUCAACUGACUGGGCUAGACAGGGAAGCGGGACCAAUCGAGACUCUAGGCCGUCCGUACGUGUUUACGUGUCAUCGAACCGAUCGAUAAAUACGCUGCUCUCUAAUUUUUCCAGUCAAGGACACAACAAUUAGCACAGGGUAAAAAUCGACCGCAACUUAAAUUCAAUACACUAUUUUGUAACGUUUCCCAAGGAGAUUUUAAUUUUAUAUAUAUACGCUUGAGUUGUGCUUGUUGUUGUUCGUGCUUCUGGCUGCUCUUGGAAUACGUUUCCCCUCUUUUGAACCUAGACUUCUCUCUCUUUAGCGGGGUUGGGACGCAUCCGAAUAGUGAGCUUAUUUAGUCAUUGUGUCUCUGAGUUUUCAUUCUGCUCGCAGAUUUAGGUGAACUCGUAAUUUCUUCGAACAACGGGGUCCGCGUGACUAUCGUAACUCUUGUUUGGAGACUCUGGAUUACAUGGCUCAGAAUCGAUCAUAAUGGCAUAGGAGUGAACGAGAAAUGAAUGCUCAAUUGAGGCGUGAGCAAGACUUAGCUUAUGAGGCAUCACUUGCUGAGGAUCGAGCUAAAGUGGCUGCUCGAGAGGCACAGCAACGAAGUGCUGCUUUAGUAGCGGAACAGCUAGCCAAGGAUGCAAAACGAAAGGAGGAUCUAAAAAAAGCUCACAUUAAUCGCAAGCGUAUAUGGCAAAGUAGGUUACCACCACCACCUAAGUUUGAAGAGGGGUCCACAGUACAGUUAUCAUUCAAAAUGCCACGUGGUUCCAGAGUUUCUCGCGUCUUCAACUUGAACGAUUCUAUCAAGCUGCUCUACUAUUUUGUAUUAUCUCAGGAUGAUUCACCAACAGAAUUCGAGGUGCAAUCCAAUUUUCCUAAACGUAUUAUACCAUGUCAACCAUUCGAAGAAUCUGAUGUGGAAGAUUACAUAGAUACUCCUGACAAUAAGAUGGAUUGUGAUGAACCUGAAGUGAUUACAGACUGGUCUCGUAAAUGUCAGAAUGAUCCACCAUCAUUUUUUGAUAUUGAUUUGACAAGGCCAGAAAUGUUGUUUGUUCUCAACAAAGAUGCAUGAUAUGAAGUUUUGAGCUUCCUACCCUUCCAACACCAAUGUAGCUAUUUCUUUAUGGAUAAAGCUGUUCCACUGUUAAAUAAGUUCAUGUAUUAUGUUUUUGAUGUAGUAUUAUGUCCUCCAAGUACGUACAAUAAUAAUAGUAAUAUUAUUAUUAUAAAUGACUUGAGCAGUCAGGAUUUCAUUUCCUUAUACAGUUAUUCAAAUGUAUUUUUCUCCGAUUAUUUUAUUCAUACACUUAUCAUUUUGUUACUCUGGUCUCACAUACAACAUGACAUAUUUUGCUUGUAAUAAGUCCCAUUAGCAUAUAACAUUCCUUAUGCACAGUUGUGGUUUCUCAUGAAGACAGACUCCCAACCGUUGACCUGUUGUAACAUGUUUAUCCGCUUCAAUAUUUUUGUGAGCUGUUUCGAGGUAAUAUUGAAGUUCACUUUUAGACACCAUGUGAUUACUUGUAUGAAGUCUUUCCCCAUGUAUUUUUUUCAAAUAUGCACACGAAUUCCGUGCAAAUUAGUUCAACUGACAGUUUUUAUUACUAUAAUGAUGAUAAUCACUUGUAUUUUAUUUGUGUACAGUACAAGCAUUGAAUUGCUUUUAUUUCUUAUCCAUCGACUUUUUGUAAAGUAGAUUUCUACCCUUUGGUUUCAAUUCAUUCUAUGUAAAUGAGUACUUUAUGGUAACCUGUCAUUUAAUCGUCAGUCGUUUCCUUUCAUGCAGUCUUUAUACGCAGUUUUCCAAUCACUACCAUGCUAGGAUUUCAAAACGUGUUAAUUAAGACAUAUCGUAGAUAACAUGUAUAGUCACUUUAUAUUGGUGAAAUGAAAUUCAACUUGUCUGUUUAGAACUGUUUUUUAUAGUCAUGCAUUCUAAGUUAUUUUGCCAAUAUAACCUUGUUACGCGAAAAUUAAUAAUGUUAAACAGCAACCGAACCAGCCACCCAUUUGCUUAAUGUUUAGUGCUUGAAUCACUGACAUCUGUUGAAGAUCAUCACUUAUUCCUAUGAGAUCUAAGAAUUGUUUCUUGUUUAUUUAGCCACAUUUAAUUACGAGUCAUAUCUAUAAGAAAUGCCAUGUAAAUCAAAGUAUCUUUCUUACUAUCUGUUUAGGAUGGUUAAUUAACAUUCCAUUCCUAAUAUUAAACCUCGUUUGUUUGUAAUAAAAAAGAUAAGUAUCAUGGAAAGACACUUGUAAGUAUAGCUGUAAGAGAAAUCUAGAUCAUCAACAUAACAUGCACGACCUGCAGAAAAAUUCACAGUAAUUAACCAUAUCUUCAGAAACUCGUCAAAUUAACGACGGAUUGAGAUUUUGACAGCCAACUUCAGUAAUGUAAGACGUGGGAUAGAAGGUCGGUCGGCAACAACAUAGAACUUCGUACGUACAUACAUCAGUUCGAGUUGCCAUAUCACAUUAGCACAGAGAUACAAUUGUCGAUUCAAAUCCCAUAGUGGUAAAGGUAGUAAAAGUAUAAGCAGCAAUCGGUAAGAUUAGGACUUGAAAAUGCUAUUCAACAAGUAUAAUAAAAUGAAAUAAAUCUGGAAAGAGGAAAAAAGGGACACGAGGGAUUCAGAAGAAUUUGGGAGAACACAAAGAGUGGAUGCCCCUGCGCCAUUGCAAAUGAUUUUGAGCAGUCAUUCAGGGUCUUUAACCAUUGGUUGCUAUCAUUUCGCGGACCCCAACCAAGUAGUUUACACCUACCAACAUGACUCAGUCCACGACUUCGAGAAUUUAUGCCAUGUUUUGGUUUGGCCCCCCCUCCUUAACUUUCUUCCAACCUACUCCUACACCAUAAAACAUCGCACGCCGAGGCAGUCGGUGGUUGGGCAUAUGUAACACAUGUCCCAGUCAUCUCAACUGAUGAAGUCUCACUACUUCAUCAAUUGAUUUGCCAUCCUUACCUAGUACCCGUUUCCUAACAAUUGCAUUACUUACUCGGUGGUUCCAGGAUAUACGAGCAAUGCUUCCAAGACUCCUGUGAUCGAAUACUAGGAGUUGGACGACUUAUAUCAACUUGUCAUUCAGGUCGACUGAAGUGUGGCUGGAGGCGAGUGCAACUGAUCCCUAAAGUGGGAUAGAAGAGGCAGUUGACGGGUAAUGUUGAGAGUCGUGUCUUGUUGCUGACAACAUGGAGUGAUGUGAAAUGGUCAACGAUACUUAUGCAUCUAAUCCGUUGUUGUUACACGUGCUGAAAGUAUUAUGUUGUAUCCUGAAAGGAAUAAUGAAUGGUCUCAAUGCAAAUACAUACAAAACGUAUCAAAAGUAAACAUUUUUCUUUAAGUUACUCUUCCAGUUUCGAUGUGAUGAUCCACGGUUCUGUUUAUACCACACGUUAGCGGAGGGUUAAAUAAGCUAAAAAAAAAAAACAAAGUUGAGUUUAUUCUAGUGCAAAAAAUGACUGAGUUCCACUAGUUGUAGCCAAAUAAGUAUCAUUUCUUAGGUGUAAACAUAAGUCGUUCCUAGUGUGGAGUUAGCUUGCCUCUGCCGGCUUACAGCUAGCUUUUCUGUGAUGUUUUAGCUAAGUGCUAACGACGCUUAGACUAGUAAACUAUACCGCAUAAGUGUUCGUAAGGGAGGCUGCAGCGAUUGACAUUUUAAUCUUAAUCUAUACCAAGAGAUUUUAUUUUCCGUAGGAAUGUAGUUGGUGGGCACUUUGCUGUUAUCGUUAGUCCCCUUCGGUAGCUAAAACUUCCGGAAACCUUUCAUGUAGUUUUCAGCGUUGGCCUCGUUGCCACUGUUCAGUGAGAUGUUUGAUCAUACAAAUUGUUGGAUUUUUCUCAUAUCUCCGACUGUCAGUUUGAGGAUAACUAAGAAUUUCAUAUACCCUUCCUUAUCAUCAUUAUAGAGCUUGGCACAAAUGUGUGUUGCCUCAGGAUGCCACGCCACAGUAGCACGAGAUGAAAAGCGAGAAAUCGAAGUAAUGUCGUAGUAAUUGUAAUGAGACUAAAAACUGGAUCGUUCAAAAAAGCAAUGGGAAUAUAUGCAUGGAGUGUUAGGAUUGAAGAUCAACAGAAAAAUGGAGGGCACUAUUUUGAGUGAUCAUCAGCUGUCUCUCCAAGUCUUCGAACACUGAUCGCGUAUAUUACAUAGACCCCAACCCGGUAGUCUGGAAUUACCAACAUGGCUUAGAUCGACGAUCAAGGACUUGUUUCGGUCUUUCUUAGCUUUUCAACCUCCUGCUACACUGGAAAGCAUGGCUCGUCGAGGUAGGGGGGUAGUUAGACACCCAUAGAUUAUAUCCCAACCAUCUCAGUCGGUGAAAAUUUACAGAUGAAUGAACAGGUUUGCCGCCUUAGUCUUAACAUUGCUCAUUUGUUCGUUUCACGAUAUGCGAGUAACAAGUCGAAGAUAUUUACAAUAAAUAACCUGCAGCCUGCAUUGAUUAAUCUCACAAAAGCAAUCAAGUUGAAAAAACAGAACUCCAUAAAUUGUAUUUUUUAUAAAAAAAAACUAACAAAAUGCAAUCUUUAAAUUCAAUAAUAGGAUUUUUCUGGCAACUUUUCACAAAGCAAUAGUUAUUAGUAUUAAGGUGAUCGGGAAUGUAUCAAAAAUACAGCUAAUAUAAACAUUUUGAAGCUGUGGUUUUUUGAAAAGUUAUCGUCGCAGAUUUCUUAUGUCAUUAUCUAAUUCACCAAUUGAACUUUUUAAAUAUUCCCAUUGUUCCAAAUUAAGGGAAAUUCCUGUGAACAAAAUUUAAGGGUACAUGAUAAAUAAGUAAUCACACAAUUUACCAAGAAUAAUUCUACGUACCCGACAAUGAGAAUGUUUUUUAAAGGUUAACAUCCGGUUACCUGAUCUAAAUUUGUUAUAACAGGCUUGAGUCUGCAAGAUAUGAGUCAACUUAAGGUCCAUAAGUUAUAUGUUUGAACCUCAUCUCAACUACAACAGUUUAUGUACCCUUAUUUCAUCAUUAGCUAUCAGACAAGGGGUGGCUUAACGAAGGAUAUAUAGACCACCACUGAAUAAAUGAUUUAUGUGCUGGUGAAACUUUGAACCAUAUUAGUCAGUCAUAAUUGAUGUACGACCUGAAAUAUGUAUCCUUAGACCUCAACUGCCAUAUCAUAUCGUUUUCCACCAUUAAUUGCGACUUAAUCCAUGGACUGUAAGCAGGAAGUCAGCACUUUUCUACGGGACUCAGACCACUAGCUGUGCUGUCCCAACUUGAACUGACGCAAAUGUAUCAGGCUGCAAGUUUCAUAUAACUGACUGAGAUCACUAAUUGGUGAUUUUUCUACACUGCAUUAAGUUAAGCAAUUACAUAUUGCAAUAGCCUUAUACGUAACAAAAUCUGAUAUUUAUAAAAAGCAAAGUGCAUGUAUCGAUAUGCUGAAUUUACUGUUUAGUUUAAUUUUUUACAUGUGUUUAGCCGCACAUACAUUGUAUUUCUAUAAUUGGUAGGAUGAGUUCGCUUACCUUUCUUUCCAGGUUUUAAUUCUCCACUGGAUUUGUCUUCAUAGUAUUCCCUUAUAUCGACAAACGCUUUUCCUCUGAACUCUCUUACGCACGCGAACUUUUUUCCAGUUAAGUCUAUUAGCUGGUCUCCACCUGAAGUAGUCACGUGUGAUGACUUUGUGGAGCCACUUGACUUGUUGGGUUUUUUAG